GCCCUGUGUGCAGGAGGAACCUUCCAUCCACCGAGAGCCCAGGAGACCCGAAUAUGGACACAAUGAACACUAACAUCACUGACUACUAUGAUUAUGAUGACACGACCCUGUAUCCCGAAGAGCCCGUGGAUGGGCCUCGCAAACCCCUAAAGAUGGAGACUCUGGAUACGAUCGCUCUUUUCAUCUUCACUCUUGUUUUCCUGGUGGGAGUGCCAGGCAACGCCUUGGUUGUCUGGGUGACAGGGUCCGAGGCCAGGCGGGCCAUCAACGCCAUCUGGUUUCUCAACCUGGCGGUGGCUGACCUCCUCUCCUGCCUGGCACUGCCCAUCCUGUUUACCUCCAUUAUCCUGCACAGCCACUGGCCUUUCGGGGAUGCUGCCUGCCGCAUCCUACCCUCCCUCAUCCUGCUCAACAUGUACGCCAGCAUCUUGCUCCUGGCUGCCAUCAGCGCAGACCGCUUUCUGCUGGUGUUCAAUCCCAUCUGGUGCCAGAACUUCCGAGGGGCUCGUCUGGCCUGGACGGCCUGUGGAGUGGCCUGGGUCCUAGCCUUGCUACUGACGAUCCCUUCCUUCCUGUACCGGGUGGUGAACGUUGAGCAUUACCCAGUCAAGUUCAUAUGUGGCCUCAAUUAUAGUAGAGACAAACAUAAGGAGGUGAUGGUGGCCAGCGUGCGGCUGAUAGUGGGCUUCCUGUGUCCGCUGAUCAUCCUUUCGGUCUGUUACACCUUCCUCCUGCUGCGCUCCUGGAGCCGAAAGGCCACGCGCUCCAUGAAGACGCUCAAGGUGGUGGUGGCUGUGGUCAGCAGCUUCUUUGUCUUCUGGCUGCCCUACCAGGUGACCGGGAUGUUACUGGCCUUACAUGACAGUGACUCUGAAAUCUUUAGAAAAGUAAAGAGGAUGGACGCCCUGUGCAUUUCCUUGGCCUACAUCAACUGCUGUAUCAACCCCAUCAUCUACGUAGUUGCUGGGAAGGGCUUCCAUACCCUAUACCGCAAAUCUUUGCGCUCCAUACUCCGGAAUGUGUUGACCGAGGACUCCGUGGGCAGGGAGAGCAAGUCCUUCACACGCUCCACAGUGGACACCACGACCGAGAAGACCGAGGCGGUGUAAGGGGAGGCCACCCAGACCACCAUCUACUUGGUGCGCCAUCUUCCUGUCCGGCCCUGUCCGGCCCAGGCAUUUUAACUCAGUCCUUGGGGCGAUGGUCUUGUUUUGGUUCAUGCUCUUCCAUUCCUUCUGCCUUUCUCAGGUUCAUCCUUCCUCUUUCAGGCUAACUCUUCUCAUUCUUUCUCACUUCCAAGAUUAACCCAUUCUUCUAUGGAUACCCAAGGAGUCCUGGUAGUGCAAUGGCUAAACGCUCAGCUACUAACCAAAACGUUGGUGGUUCUAAGCCACCCAGCGACUCCAUGGGAGAAAGACCUGGCAAUCUGCUCCCGUAAAGAUUACAGCCUAGAAAACCCUAUGGGGCAGUUCUACUCUGUCAUAUGGGGUUGCUAUGCAUCGAAAAUUGACUUGACGCCAUCCAACUACUUUGGCCGCCCAGUUUUUCUUUCCAUUCAAGGCUUACCAAUGCAUGUAGAAUAGCUUCAUCCAUCAAUGUGAUUGUGUAAUGCAUAUAAAAACUUUAGAAUGGUACAUUCUAUUAUUUCAGAUAAUAUACUGUAGAACUUUAGUUUUAUUAUUAUUAUUGUGGUAAAUACAUGUAUAACAAAACAUUUACCAUUGAAACAUUAUUUUUUUUUAGUGUGGCAAAAAUAUACAGACCAAAACAUUUGCCAAUACAACUUAAACAGUUUUUACAUGUACAAUUCCAUUCAUCAUGCUGCGUGACCAUCACCACUAACCGUUUCCAAAUUUUUCCAUCACCUUUAACAGAAACUCAGUGUUUUGUAAGCAAAUAGUUUUUUUUUUAAUAAUUAUAUGUUUAUUUUAUAGAGGUUUAGAAAAAAAAUGUAACUGGCACCCCAGAAGUUAUUCUCGUUUAGGACCAAGCAAAAGUACCUAGACCUAUUUAACUCUUUUCCCCAAACUCUAAACUUUAGUGUCAAACUUGUGAUUGACGAUGAUAACAGUUUGUAAAUUUGAAUUUCAAGUAGAUUAUUCAUGAUUCAGCAGAAACAAAACUUGGUAAAUUGAGUUUGCUGCUUCCAGAUGAUGCAGAGUAACUUGGUCCAUGGGGGUCGAAUGGUCUAAACUAUAUAGGGUAUGUCAGUUAUUCGAAAUUCAAAUUAUAAUAAUUAACUUUCCAUUGCUUUCUUUUCCACAGAAAUAUAGGUUUUGUAAAAAUUAAAACAUUCACUGUUAACAAUAAACCAAUGUCAAUAAGCAUAAAUAAAAAAAAGUACAUAGGUCUAUUUAAACUUUUAAUUGAUUUAAAGACAAGCAUUAAGUUAAAAUGCUAUUUAAUUGAAGGAAAAAAAGGAUUAAGUAAAACGAGGUUCUGUGGUUAUGGGAAAAAGCAUGAAGAAGAAAGGGUAACAGGCAGAAAUACAUUUAAUGGUCACCUCCGAACUGGGUGGCAGGGAAAUUUUACUUUUGUUUUAGUCCUUUGGGCUAGUAUUUUUCUUGCGUCUUUGGUUUUCUUCAUUCUCUUUGCUCCUGGUGGGAUGGGACCAAUAGAUGUAUCUUAGAUGGCCACUCGCAAGCUUUUA